AUACUGGUGUCAAUCUUGAUAUAGAGAGCGAUCAACAAACACCCGAUCAGUGCCAAAACGUUUGCAACGAUGGAAUGCUGAAUAACAAAUUCCUAACUUGGGAACUUGCAGAAAAAUGGUACAUUGAUUAUGCAAGAAAUGUCGGGUUCGAUGUACGACGAUGCUGCUGCAAGACUUCAAAGGAUGGAAUAGUGAAGAACAAGCAAUGGGAGUGUUCAAACGCAGGUUACAGACGGAUAAUUUCAGAAGGGCACCAAAGAGUUAGACGGGAAAAACCAAACAAUAGAUGUGGUUGCCCUGCUAAAUUUUGUGUUGCACGUGACAUCCGUGACGGAUUGUACAGGGUAACAAAUUUCAAAAUCCAUUGGAGAAUGGUGGUGGAGACAACUUGUGACGACGAAGGUGGAUUGACCAAAUUUUUUUGGUCGGAUGGGUUUUCACAGUCUGCAUAUGAGCAAUUUGGUGACGUUCUCAUUUUUGACAGCACUUACAAAACAAACACAUACAAAUUCCCGUUGGUCAUAUUUUUGGAAAUAGAUAACCACCUAAAUACAACAAUUUUUGGUGGGGCCUUGCUGCAUAAUGAGACAUCCGAAUCCUACCUGUGGUUGCUAAAAAAAUUUUUAGCGGCAAUGAAAUCGAAGAUGCCUGCUACCGUUGUCACGGAUCAAGACGAUGCUAUGCGUUCUGCAAUAAUUAAAGUGUUCCCCGAAGUUAAACAUAGGCUGUGUGCGUUGCAUCUUGAGAGAAAUUGUGCACAGCGAGUGAAGGCCCACGGUUUCUGCAAAAUAUUUGGGAAGUUUAUAAUGAAGAAUUGGACUCCCAAUGACUUCGAAUCUGAAUGGGAAUUACAAAUAAACAGACAUGGUGUGGCAGACAAUACGUGGGUGAAAGAUACAUAUAAAAGGAAACAUCAAUGGUGUGACGCUUAUCUUAGAGGGAAUUUCAUGGGGAUGACUAGAACAACCCAAAGAGCGGAAUUCGUGAAUGCACUCUUCAAGCAGGGGGAAAAUCGGGCAGCACUAUUACGGAGCUCCUUAAAAACUUCCAUAAUAUUGUGGGUCACACCACUUCACGGGAUUCUUGUUCAGCUGUUUGGACUUUAUACACGCUCGGUUUUUGGUAAAGUUAGAAGGGAGGUUGAUUGUGAGCAAAAUAAUAUUGUGAUUGAGAAGAGGACUGACGAUGGGGAGUCAUAUGUCUUCCAAAUGGAAAAUUAUGAUCCAACAACCAAAAGAGAAUGGUCGGUGAAGGUGAAUAUAAAUGAAGGCAUAUUCAAGUGUGAUUGCAAGAUGCUGGAAACAGAUGGCAUUCUAUGUAUUCAUCUAUUUACUGCAUUCAAGUACUUGCAUGUUCAAAAG